GCACGAUUGCCUCGACACGCGGUUGGCCUUCCGGAUGCGGCACCGGAUUAGAUUGGAUGGCAAGUCCACCGUUGUCUCUACUAGUACUCCCACAAACCUUCCAAGAUUCUACAGCAAGCAAGAUUGCUGUCGCCUAUUUUGUCCCCUCACCCCUCAUAAACUUAAUCAACCGCCAUGGCAAACAGUACAGCCUGCAAAGCUUGUGUCAUUUUUGUGGUGAUCCUGUUAGCCGCAGGAGGAGGGAUCUUGGCAUGGCAGCUCUUGUCCAAGGAUGACAAUGAUGGCAGCAUGGAGACGGGGGACAAGGGAGGUCUCUUUGGCACUGGUCUUUUCGCAGCCAACAAUAACAAUGCUUCGUCUACAACAGACUCUUCUUCUACGGUGACCAGUACUUUAGCGCCAACCAUGUCAAUGGCUCCAUCGGCUGCUCCCUCUGCCAUGCCGUUCGAGUAUGAAUACCGCUUUAAUCGAUGCACUCCCGACGCCGCACAAUGCUGCAAUGGUCUUGAGAAUUUGUGUAAUUGGCCCGUCAACGAUAUCCUGUUUGGAAUCCCACACAAUGCCAUGGCCACCAAUGACGUCUUUUUGGUUCCCAAUCAGCUACGACCAGUCGAGGAGGCUCUGGAAGCAGGAUUUCGAGGUAUCAACGUUGAUUUCUGUGUUUGUCAAGGUCUCGUUAAACUCUGCCAUGGGUUUUGUGGACUGGGAGAGGUCGAUCCAAAAGAAUUUCUGGAACGAGUUGUGACAUUCAUGGACCAGCCAGAAAAUCAGAAUGAUGUGUUCCUGCUGACCAUGGAACUCAACAGUGAUGCCGGCCAAACCGUGGAUCUCAAUGUGAUCUAUGACACUGUGUUGACUCAAGUAGAGGGCUUUACAGACAAUCUCUACGUACAUGAAGGGCCUGGCGAGCCCUGGCCUACUCUAGGAACCUUAAUUGCCAACAAUAAGCGACUCAUUGCGUUCCAUUUCAAUGGACCAGACUGUUCCGAAGCUGCAAGCUGUCCUGAUGGAAUGCAUUAUUAUUUCCAGUAUGCCCAGGAGACACCUUUUGACAUGCCCUCCAUUGAUUCCAUUCUCGACAAAGAAACAUCAUGCAUCAUUACACGAGGUGCUACCACGACCGACGGAUCCUUCUUUGGAGUCAACAACUUUGUAGAAGCCUCGGCAUUUGAUCUUGACAAUCAACUGGAAGCAGCAACCCAAGCCAACUCAUUGGAAUUUGCCAAGGAACAUAUUGAGGCUUGUUCCAGGAUAAAGCAAGAUGGAGUCUAUUACGGAGAUCCAAAUGUAAACCUGCUCUAUGUGGACUUCUGGCACGUUGGCAACAUUGUCCAGUUGGUACAAGAACACAACCAAAGACUGGGCGAGUACACUGGAAAUUGAUUACUGUACGCUUGGAUAGACAAAAGAAAAUGAAUUCGCAUCAGGUCGAACAAACAUUAGAAACAUUGAAAUGCCUACUCAGUAACUAUCAAAUUUUAGAACACUCUAACUUU